ACGUGGUUAUAUUUUUGACAGCUGUUUUUUAAAUUUGAGUACUUAAAACGAUAUGUCAAUAAUUGGAAAUAUUUAAAUUGAUUAGCCCUAAAAUAAUCAUUUAAAACAUUUGAAAAUGUCAGAUCAAAAAGUUAUUUUAGUAACUGGAGGUACUGGUUUAGUAGGACAAGCAAUUCGAAUUCUUACGGAAAAAGAAGAACGUAGAAAUGAUGAACGUUGGGUAUUUAUCGGUUCCAAAGAUGGUGAUUUAAGUAAUCUGGAAGAAACCCGAGCAAUAUAUAAUAAAUAUAAGCCAAAUUAUGUAAUACAUUUAGCUGCGAUGGUUGGAGGAUUAUAUCAUAAUAUGUCCAAUAAUUUGGAAUUUUUACGAAAGAAUAUUCACAUCAAUGAUAAUGUUUUACAAACGAGUUUUGAAUAUGAUGUAAAGAAAGUGAUAUCUUGCUUAUCUACAUGCAUUUUUCCUGAUAAGACAACUUAUCCCAUUGACGAAACAAUGGUGCAUAAUGGACCACCUCACCCAUCAAACUAUGGAUAUAGCUAUGCAAAGCGUCUUAUUGAUAUUGCAAAUCAUGCGUAUUAUGAGAAACAUAAAUGUAUAUUUACAUCAGUAACACCUUGUAAUGUUUUUGGACCUUAUGACAAUUUUAAUCCUGAACAUAGCCAUGUUAUUCCUGGUUUAAUUGGAAGAUUAUAUCGAUUAAUUUCUCAAAGUAUAUUUAUUCAAUCAAUAUAUAAACCUGAAAAUUCAAAUGCAGAAAGUUUUACUGUAUUAGGAUCAGGAAGACCAUUAAGACAAUUUAUUUAUUCAUAUGAUUUGGCUAGGCUAAUUAUUUGGGCAUUAAGGAAUUAUGAAGAAGUUGAGACUAUUAUAUUAUCGGUUGACGAAAAAGAUGAAGUUAGCAUUAAGGAUGCUGCUUCUGCUGUUGCAGAAGCUUUUAAUUUUAAAGGAAACUUAGUUUUUGAUACGAGUGCCGCUGAUGGACAAUAUAAAAAGACUGCUAAUAAUGGCAAACUUCGGAAGUAUUUGCCUGAUUUCCAAUUCACACCCUUUAAUCAGGCAAUUAAGGAAACUGUAGACUGGUAUAUUAAAUAUGUCAAUGAAGCAAGAAAUUGAAAUGGAUUUUUUUUAAAAAUAUUUCUUCUGUAUUUAAAUUUAAGUAAACCUUUAUUAUGGUUUAAAUUAAUUCUUCAAUAAAACAUUUCCAAAUUUUA